AUGGCUAGCAGGAACCACACAGUUCUGACACAGUUCUUCUUUGUGGCUUUCUCCAACAUCCUAGAGCUCCGAGUUUCACUUUUUUUUCUGGUGCUGCUGUUGUACCUCAUCACCGUGGUGGGAAACAUCUUCAUCAUCACAAUCACGGUAGUGGACCCUGCCCUUCAGUCCCCCAUGUAUUUCUUCCUUCGGAACUUGUCCUUUCUGGAAAUCGGUUAUACCUCGGCUACUAUCCCCAAAAUGCUGGUGAACUUCCUCUCAGAGGACAAGAGUAUUUCCUUCCUGGGCUGUGCCACACAGAUGUAUUUCUUCUCCUUCUUGGGGAUCACAGAGUGUUGCCUGCUGGCUGCCAUGGCAUAUGACCAUUACAUGGCCAUAUGUCACCCUCUGCGCUACACAACCAUGAUGAGCAGAGGUGUGUGUCUCCAGCUCUCAACUGUGUCCUGGCUCAUCGGGGUGCUGGUGGCAGUUGGGCAGACAACUUUCAUGUUCACUCUGCCCUACUGUGGGCCUAAUAAGAUCAACCACUUCUUCUGCAACCUACCCCUGCUGCUGAAGCUGGCCUGCGCAGAUACUUACAGGAACGAAAUAGCUGUUUUCAUCAUCGCUGUCACCUUUGUCACGGUCCCCUUCCUGCUCAUCCUCAGUAUUCCGUCAUCCGUGGGCAGGAGCAAAACUUUCUCCACCUGCUCCUCCCACCUCAUUGUGGUGACCUUGUUUUUCGGGUCCAGCAUCGUGAUGUAUCUGAGACCCAAAUCCCGCUACUCACUUAACACUGACAAACUGCUUUCCCUGUUCUACUCAGUGGUGUCUCCAAUGCUGAACCCUUUGAUCUACAGCCUGAGGAAUAAGGAGGUAAAGGAAGCCCUGAGAAGGGUGAUGGCCAGAAAAAUAUUUAUUUGA